UCAUAGAUGGCGCCGGUGAAUUAUUUACGAGGAAAAGUGAAAAAAUGAACGUGUCUGCACCGUCUGGCAGCAGUGAACGGGUUUUGCUUUCGUGUGAAGCUGUAGUUGUUGCUGUGUGUGAGAGUAGACGGGUCUACUCCGACGCCGCCGAUGGUGCUGAAAGGACAGCUCCGCUCUUUAAACCGCGUGCCGUUCACUGAACGUGCGCCUCGCGCGGCUCACUCACUGGAUGCUGUCGCCACAUUCACUGGAAAGUUGUCUGGUCGUUCGCAGCCCGGCUGCACGUCGACACUUGUCCUGCAACUUGCGUUGGAGAAGAAGAACCAGCAAAGCACACGCAGGCUGGCUGCGUUCAGUGGCGAGCGUAACUGUGGAGUACAUGAGCUAAUCUGCGUCAGAAAAGUAUCUCCAGAGGUGCUGGGGUUUCUGACAGCCAUUGGGCUCUUCAUAAUCCUCAUGACCUUGCUGUUCUGGUACCUCAACAACAAGUUGGCACUAGCAAACCCAGGGAGCCUUCAGUGCCUUGAUGACUUCAGGAAAAACACAGAGGUACAAGACAAGGUCUACUCUGACGCCGACCUGCAGGGCUCUUCGUCGGACAGUGAGGAUGAACUGAUGGGUCAGUAUCAGGAAGCAGUCAGUCGCUCCCAGGGCCUCCGAGGAGGAGGCAGGCCAGCUGCUAAUGUCAAACGCGCAGGAGCUUUUAGCUGGGAGAGUCGGCAAAAGUACAGCCCUCUGACAGCUGAUUAUGACGGCUACAGCAGUGAAGCAUCGGCUGACAAUGCCAACUGUAUCCAGCGAAUGAGACGAACACCACCGCUCGAUGAGCUCCAGCCGCCACCCUACCAGGAUGAGAAUGGCUCUCCAAGAAUGUCCUGCACUCUGUCAGACCUUGGUGAUGCCAAAUGUGACCUGUCCCAUACCAGUGGCAGUCCCCACAUGUCCUUUGGCAAAUGCCCAAGCGAGGGAAGCGAUGUCCAUGAGACUGAGAGUUACCUCAAUAAGGGCUAUGAGGAAGAUGUACCCAGUGAUAGUACUGCUGUUCUCAGUCCUGAGGAUAUGUCAGCUCGUGGGUCAGCAGCACAGCUUCCUAAAGGUUCCGAUCUAGAUCCUGUUGCAAAAUAUGGAACCCUGGACGUGGUGUUUGACUAUGACUCAGAGGAUCAGCUGCUGGCCGUAACCGUUAUGGCAGUCACAGACCUUCCUCCCCUCAGACGCACUGGCAACAUCUCCUGGCAGGUCCACCUGGUACUGCUGCCCACCAAGAAGCAAAGGUCCAAGACAGGGAUCCAGAGAGGCCCCUGUCCCAUCUUUACAGAGACCUUCCGCUUCAGCCAUGUGGAGUCAGAGAUGAUCAGUAAUUAUGCCAUUAGGUUCCGCCUUUACAGCAUGCAGCGGAUGAAGAAGGAGAAGGUGCUUGGUGAAAAGGUGUUCUACCUCACCAAACUCAAUCUUCAGGGCAAAAUGUCCAUGCCUGUCAUUUUGGACCCCUGCUGUGCUCUCCCGGGUGGUGAAUCCCAGGUCAGUCUCUCGGAUAUGACAUGCAGUGAAAGCGCUUCAUCAUUCCAGUCCGUUAGCCAGGCUUCCACACCAGAGAUCCUUGUGGGCCUGGUUUACAAUGCCACAACAGGCCGUCUGUCUGUGGAGGUCAUCAAAGGAAUCCAUUUUAAAAACCUGGCUGCCAACAAGCCACCCAUCCAACCCUUGUUGUCAGAUGGGCUGUUCUGUUGUCUAAAACACUUGAUAGGUGGACAGGUUUAUAUUAUCAGAGAUACGUACGUUAAGCUGACAUUACUGAAUUCCAUGGGCCACGAAAUGUCAAAGUGCAAGACGUCCAUCUGUCGAGGUCAGCCCAACCCAACAUACAAAGAGACAUUUGUCUUCCAGGUAGCCUUAUUUCAGCUUUCAGAUGUCACGCUCAUCCUCUCCGUGUACAACAAGCGAAGCAUGAAACGGAAAGAAAUGAUUGGUUGGAUUUCGCUCGGCCUUAACAGCUCUGGAGAGGAGGAGCUCACCCACUGGACUCAAAUGAAGGAGUCCAAAGGACAGCAGGUUUGCCACUGGCACAGUUUGUUGGAGUCCUGAGGGUGACUGCACCGAGUAGAGGUCGUCCCAGGUGACGAGGAUACGUUGAUCUGGGAUAGUGAUGACAGGAAACCGAGCUCAAGAGGAUGAGGCAUCAGCCCCUGUGUGUUCACUCGCAUGCCGUUUGCUAAACCAAUAAUGGCCAAUAAUCUGAUGUUAAUACAUGCAUCGUCUUUCUGUCCAACGCUGGUGGUGGUCUCGUAAUUUUGUGUUCCCACAUCUCUAGGUCAGACAGCUGAUGCCCAUAAACAUGCACUAAAGGUUUUCAUUAAAAAUCUGCAAGCUCAGUCUCUAUAGAAAACAUUCAUGUCAUUAUUUUUAGGUCUAGACUACAGUAAUCGUGAAGAGACUUAAACCAGAUUGUUUGCCAUUAAUUUUUUUCCAGCAAGAAUUCAUUUACUCUAGGAGAACUGGGUGUUGCAUUGAAAGCUGACACCCAGUUUGUCCAAUGAGCUCAUAUGACUUUUGUUUAAAAAUAUAAUUUUUUUAAUUAAUCAAAUUAGUUUUGAAUUAGUGAGGGUCUCCAGGGGACUGUUUUAGAGGUGUGGCUACAUAAACCUAAGAUCUAAACAGUAUGCAUGUGUUCACACCAGAUCAUUAUGUUUGUGCUGGAAACACCAAAUUCAAUUAAAUUCAACUCAAUUUUAUUUAUAAAAUGCCAAUGCACAAUAUUCUUAUCUCAAGGCACUUUAGAGUUUAAGACCAAACACAUUUCAACCCAACGAAUGUGCCACUUCUUCUAUCCAGCAAGACCAUUAGUGAAAGCAUAUGGUUAAGAUUUAGGGUAGUUCACAGAGAAAGCUUCAUUUUCUCACACAUCCCAAUUUGCAAAUUCAUUGCACAGUUAUCGGAUACGUUUAGACAUGGGAAUGUAGGAAGGGAGGAUGCUUGGAGGGCUUACUGCCCUCUGACCAGCUGAGACAGCUGAAAAGGAUUAGAUUUAGAGGAGCUGCAUUUAAAAAUGACUGUUCUCUCAGCAUCGCAAAUCAGUGUGGGGAUAAAACAUCUCAUCAUUGUCUGAAUGUAAGUAAGCAAAACAAGAACCAAAUAACUUUAGACACAUUUGUCAGGCAUGUAAACUUCAUGACAAAGGACCUGACACAACUGACAAUGACACUGUCACGGUUGAUGUUGGGAUGAAACUCGGUAGUGAUCUCUGGGAAGAAAUAGGCAUUUCACGCUGUCAGACAUUUUUGGAAAACAGCAGGUUUCUGAAGCAAUGGCAGAUUGAGAUAUGUUAUAUAUAGAGAGAAGUCUAGUAGUUACCGUGGUGAUUAUCUGACCUUGAGUUUCCAUCAGUCACUCAAAAAUCACACAAUGUCAAAAAACAAAACAAAAAACUGAAUUUCUAUGUGUAUCUCAUGAUUCAAACUAAAUUGGUGACACCUGCACAUCAUAGCAGUAAACAGGUAGGAAGAACGUUCACCUGGCACUUUGUUUUUCCUGCUCUGGUGCUACAAGUACUGCAGCCAAACACAUACUCCACACUGAAUCCUUUACCUUAUAGUUCAUUCAGAUCAUAACAUUUCUAGUGGAGCGAGUUUUAAAAACACUCAGAGCUCAUAGACCUGCAUCCAUAAUUAGUGAAGGCACACACUGCUUUCAGUAAUUCUGCAUGCAGCACUGCUCAGCCUUGUUGAUGCACAUUUUACAGCAACAAGCUUGAAGAAUGUCUACAAAGGGGCUGAGUUGUGCUUCUCACUGUGGCCACGUUUUUACUUUGUUUCAUUUCUUUACAGACAUUCGAAAACACAUGCUCCUCACUGUGCCUCUGACACUUGUGUAUGUGAGAGGUGCAGUGAAGGGCUUGUGGGGGGCUGUGAUAUAUUUUUAUUGGAUGUGACAAUUUAUGAUUUGACUUAUUCAUAUUUAAAAAAAAUAUUAACCCCCUUCUUGACUGUCUGUUAUACAGUAUAUUGUACUUUAUAGGCUAAACGUUUCGUAUCUAUUUUUGUAUCAGCAAUGGACAUGAAAUUGUGUCAAGGCUGAUAGUUGUGAUUUAAAUAUUUUAACCCUGUCUGUGAGUAGUAGUGUUCAGAAUUGCAACUCUAUUAUUUUCAUUUAUGUUUCAGAGAAUACAGAACACAAUUUAGUCCUAAAGUGCUGGUUUACAUUCUCUUUUCUACCGACGGGAAUGGGAUGUGAUUGACACCAGCCGUGCUCAUGUCAAAACAAUCCGUCAAGACUUUUUUGCUUGGAUGCUUCUACUGUGACCGUGUGAAAGAAAGCACAGACUUUUACAGCACAACAGUGAAACACACUCUGUGGAAGAGUUACGCUAGGCUCACUUGUACCCGCAGUGAUGCAUCAUAUAAUUUGUGGGUGUUGUUUUUGACAAAGUGAUUUGACAACCUGCAAAUGUGGAGGGCAAUCUUGUUGUAGAUCAUCAACAGAUGUACAGGAAGUGUGAUAAUUUAUCACUGAGUGAUGUCCUGUAGUCUAUACAGUACAUUAUCAUGAAUGGCUCAUGCAUCAUUAAUACUACUUGAAAGGUGAAUGGGAACAUUUGGGGACAAAGAAUAUUCCCAGAUUUGACGAGUGUAAUUAAUGUUCACUUUAUAUUUUUUUAUAUCAAAACAAAGUUUUGCUAAUGAUGUUACAUGAGCAAAAACAAUGUACUGUGCAUCUUGCAAACAAGUGAAAUCAAGAUGUUAACUGUAGUAAUUACGUAGUACUAGUAGUUUAAGAGCUUGUAUUCUGUUAUGGAAAUCUGAAUUACUGUUAUUUAAAUUCCCAGCUUUAUUUUUUUAACAGGUACUUUUGAGUCUUUAUGGCCUUCUUUGCAUUCACGACCCAGUUUAAUGGACCUCCUUGACUGUUUUUAAUCAUUCAUACAAUGUGUUCCAAAAAAAUGAUCAAUAUAUUCAAGCUGUUUAUAGACUGUUUGCUUGCAUUUUCUUCUCCCAUUUUGAAAACAGUAGUUUUAAUGAUGUUUUUAUUCAAUUUGUUUGCUUUUAUUUUUACAUGACCUUUGUCAUAUGGCAUAGGUGCCUUACUGUUCUUCACUCAACAACCUAGCGUCACAGUGUCUUAAUGUUUGUAAAUGCAGUUUAUUCUGUAGUUCAGGCUGAGCUUGACUUGUGAAAUAUCUUAAAUUGAUUUAUGAUGGAGAGAUGGUAUUGUUUAAAAAACAAAAAAACAAGCUGUUUAAAUAUU